AGCACGUCGCUGGCUCAGUGAGCGCUUGAUGUGUCAGAGGAACGACAUCUACACAAAACAGGAUUUGAGAAACCGUAUUGAGAAACAGUACAAGAAAUAAUGUUUAUCUGAGACUAUAAUUUAGUUUCUGUGACAACGAUUACAAGGAAAUUAAACAAGUGUUAUUUUGAUUUUUACUAUGCAUCAAAACGCCUGAAUAAGAUUUGUCGCUCACUGACAUAAAACGAUUCUUGUGAUAAUACGCAGUAAGAAAUUGGGAUUCGUAGUCAGCCGUGGACCAAACGUUGACUUGGAAAAGAUGCAACUUCUGACUCUCACCAUCGGCGUAUUGUGCUUUGUCGGCUCAACCGCGAUCACGUUGGAAGAAGUGAUGGCCGGCAGCCCGGUGACGGCGGAGCGCGUCGUGCGUGACCUGCUGGAGUACUACAAGCAGGAGGACCCUUUGGGGAUACCGGGACUGGAAGUGAAGGAUCCGUUUUUCCUGGACAAGACGAUAUCCGUGAGCGUGUUGAGUCUGCACGGCAUUGAGGUGGCUGGACUGUCCAAGUUCAAACUGCAAUAUGUUAAUGUUAACGCCAGCAGCCUUACCGCUACAGUCCUGCUGCGCAUCCCGUGGCUGCAGGUGAUCUCAGUGUACGAGUACUCGACGUACUGGAGUGGCACGCGCGGUGACAUGAACCUAACAUUCACAGAAUUUGAUAUCAAAAUCAGCGCUGAGCUCGGCUCAGACAACAACGCUAAGCUUAUCGUCACUAAACUUGCGGUUGAUAUCACGAAAGAAAGCUUCAUUCCAAUCCUGACGAACACAACACUUGACUUGGACCUGAUCGUCUCAGCGGCGGACUCCUUCUUUGACACCCUCGUGUCCAGCGCCGUAGGCUCAAGGGUGUCCACUGCUACGGACAAGAUCAACGAGCGACUGGGCGCCAGACUCGGUGAUAAACGGUUCCCGGCAGGAAUACCCCCCAUCGACUUGCUCGUCGCAGGAAUCAAGCAGGAUCUGCGCCAGAAGAUGGAUCCUCUGAAGAUCGGUCACAAGAUCGUGCAACUGCCAGCAGGCCUCAGCCUCAACGCGAGCAACAUAAGCGUGGCCGGGUUGUCCACCGUACACAGAGCAGGCGAAGUAUCGUUACAGCUCAUCGAUGAUCGUCUGCUGCUGGUGCUGCAGCUGGGCUGCCAAGCUGUGAGUGUUCACGCCGACGUGGAGGUGUCGUCCAUGGUCCUGCCCUCCAUGAGCAGCAGUCUGAAGUUCACGCUCGACAGCCUCUCCAUAUGGGUCGAGGCGCAGCAGUCCGCGGACGUUCGACAUCCUCCGCAACUGCGGAGAAUACAAAUAACCCUUGGCAACUUCCGACUGGUCGGCAGCGGGGAGAGUUCCUUCAGCUACCUGCUGGAGGCGGCGGUGAACACCCUGCCCAACGCCCUGCGCGGCACAAUCUCGUCCGCCAUACAACCUACGCUGCACAAGAUCAUCCAGCAGCGGCUCUACUCCCUGGACAUCGAGGAGCUGAUCGAGAAGAGGCUUGCGGCGAGGGCGGCGCGACGAGACUGACACUUGCAUCAUAGAUUUAUUGAUAUCUGAACAAAUAAAAUAGAAGUUUGUAAUAAUUUACCUGAUUUUUAAAUUAAAAGUUUGCCCUGUUUAAGUUAUGAUAUUGUAUGUGGUGGGAAAUUUAUUUACAAUUUUUUGGCGUCAUUUAAGGAUUUUUGUUCAUUCAUUAAUGUUGAUGAUCGGGUCAUCAAAUCUGACCUCCAUGAAUGUUGCGUAAGGACAUGAAUAUAUCUGAACCUUGCUC